UUUUACAGUGGAUCAUGCCUGGGCAUGUCUAUUGUUUCCCAUAUGAGCGCCGUGUUUGGCAACCCUGCAGUCAGUCGAGGAAAUAGCAGAGAUACGAAUGCGAAAAUUAUCAACUUUCAACAAUGCCUCUGGCCAGAGAUCUGCUCCACCCGUCCUUUGAUUUUGAGAGAAGACAGCACAAAAAGAAAAGACUUGUGCAAAGUCCCAACUCCUACUUUAUGGAUGUAAAAUGUCCAGGUUGUUAUAAAAUCACAACUGUGUUUAGUCACGCACAGACAGUUGUGCUGUGUGUGGGAUGUUCCACAGUGUUGUGCCAGCCCACCGGAGGGAAGGCCAGGCUAACUGAGGGAUGCUCCUUCAGAAGAAAGCAACACUGAGGAGAAGGGAUGAGGAAUAAUGCUUUGAAUACAAAGAAAUUGUGCAACUUCUCAAUGCCUUAGUUUUCAUUGAUUACAAUGAAUGAGCUUUAAAUGUGAUUAUGAUUGAUACAUGGCAGGUUCUUUCUAUCAUGCUAUCAGUUCAGUUUAAAUAAUAAAGUUUCCCUCUGCAUGAUA